CAUUAAAAUCCUUAAAUUUGAAUAAUCAAAAAUACCUUGUCAUCCACCACACCCAUUUUACGUGUUUCUGUUGUCCCCUUUUUUGGCCCCUUGUAAGAAAAUGAAUUCGUACGUUCGUUCUUUUUUUUGGUUUUUUUCCUUAUCCCCACUCUCAAGUGUUCAAUAAAAUAACUAUUUGAAUUUUUCCUUCCUUCUUUCCUCUUUUUCUAAUGGAAACACACACUAACCGGUAUUUUAAUCAUCAGUAACGUCUCGAUCCUCGUACGAAGUAGUAUCGUUUUUUUUCUGUCCUAUCUUCUUGUGUUCACUUAUUCUUUUAUUUGUUUUUUGUUUCUUUUUUUACAAUUUAUUUUUUUUUAUUUAUUUUUAUAGAAGUGUGUUUGUGUCAAAUAUUCAGUGGAACUGUUGCAUAAACAAAAAUAACGUACACACACCAAUUCAAUUUUUACCAAUUGAAUUUGAAUUUCAUUUGAACAGUGAUCGAAGAAUUAACAAAAAACGUUUCAUAAAUUAAUGGUGAAAAAGUGUUUGUUUUUAAUUAAUAUUAUUAUUAUUAUUAUUAUUAUUAUUAUUAUAUAAGAACAUUGAUAGACUGGUUUUAAUAAUUUUUGAUUGUCAAAAAGUUACUGUUCACCACGAAGAUGAUUUUCCAAGUUGUAAUAGUGUUGUAUUUUACUGUGUUCACCACCGGUGCACCACCAGGAUCAUCAAUGAUAUACGCCGAUGAUAAAGUGCAAACUUAUCUGACAAAGUUUGGUUAUUUACCGGACAGCAAUCCCGAAACCGGUAAUCUCAGAACGGAAGAUCAACUGAGGGACGCCAUUAGAAAUUUACAAAGAUUCAGUGGUAUUCCGGUUACUGGUGAGAUCGAUGAUGCCACGCGUAAAUUGAUGAAAGCACGACGUUGUGGUCUAUCUGAUAGACAGGAUCCAAGAUACUCAAGGACGAGACGCAAACGUUUUACGAUUCAUGGACAACGGUGGCCGUAUCGGAAUCUCACUUGGAGUUUGAGAACCAAUCAACCAAGCGGCCUGGAAACUGGUGGAGUUCGACUGGAAUUGAGCAAAGCACUCGAUCUUUGGGCCAGAAAUUCGAAACUAACUUUUCAGGAAGUUAACAGCGAUCGUGCUGACAUUCUUGUUUACUUUCAUCGUGGUUCUCAUGGGGAUGGAUAUCCAUUCGAUGGAAGAGGACAAAUCUUGGCACACGCAUUUUUCCCUGGUAAGGAUCGUGGUGGGGAUGCGCAUUUCGAUGAAGAAGAAAUUUGGUAUCUUCAGGACAACAGCAAUGAGGAAGGAACUAGCCUAUUCGCGGUAGCUGCUCACGAAUUUGGUCAUUCACUUGGCCUGGCACAUAGUUCUGUUCAAGGAGCUCUAAUGUAUCCUUGGUAUCAAGGAUUGAGUCCUAAUUACGAGCUACCGGAAGAUGACAGACAUGGAAUACAACAGAUGUAUGGUGCUCCUGAAGAAAAAUUAUGGGGUAAUAUACCGGGUGGACCAUUCCCACCAGAAAGACCAAUGCCCCCAACAACAACAACGACGACAACGACGACUACAACGACGACAAUGAAACCAGCAACGACUUACAGACCCUGGAGAACGCGACCAACGAGACCCAAUCACUAUCCGGACUAUGGUAGACCUAGAAGACCAGAUCGUUAUCCGUCGAAACCAGAUUACAGAACUGAGAGGCCGGACUAUCGACCCCAGAGACCCCACAAACCUCAUAGACACCACACUACCACAAUCCCGACAAUGACGACUACUGGUAGACCAACGACUUCUCAAAGACCGAGGUUCAGGUGGACACAAUCACCCAGGGAUGAUAUUCCAAAUAAAUGUGACACUAGUUAUGAUGCUAUUAGCAUUAUUCGUAGAGAAGUGUUCAUAUUCAAAGGACGUUAUCUAUGGAGGAUCGGUGACAAAGGAUUAUACGAAGGUUAUCCAGCAGAAAUAACGAGGUUGUUCAAUCUACCAGAAGAUAUUGACCAUGUGGAUGCAGUUUAUGAGAGACCAGACAAAAAAAUAGUAUUUUUCAUAGGGAAAAAAUAUUACGUAUUCAGUGCUAAUAAUUUAGAAUCGGGAUAUCCAAAACCAUUGACGGUUCUUGGUCUUCCAGCGUCGUUGGAAAAAAUUGAUGGUGCUAUGAUUUGGGGACACAACAGUAGAACUUAUUUCUUCAGUGGUUCCAUGUAUUGGAGGUUCGACGAAUCAGUUAAUUAUGUUGAAUUGGAUUACCCAAGAGAUAUAAGUAGCAAUUUUGGUGGUGUUGGAAACGACAUCGAUGCUGUGUUUCAAUGGAAAGAUGGCAAGACUUACUUCUUCAAAGGUAAAGGUUUCUGGUUGUUCGACGAUCUAAGAAUGAAAGUCGCUCAUGAGAAACAAAAACUGUCGGCACCCUUUUGGAUGGGAUGUCCACGUAAAUUAGAAACCAACGAUGUUGAGAAUAAUAUUCCUAGGAAAGCAAAGAUCGUCAGUUCGUCAGCGGAUUCCAUUGAAGUUUCAAGACUCACUCCUAUUAUUUUCACUUUUGUAACUUUCGUCUUUGUAUUUUUUGCGUAAUAGUCAAAAUAUCUUUUUAAAUAAGGAAGAAAGAAAGAUCGUAUACGAACAAUUGUUAUAACUUUUUCGAACAAUAAUUAUACCAAAUAUAUAAUAUACAUAUAUUUACAGUGCUUUUUGUUUUAUGGUGUAACGCACUGGAAUGGCGUACAUGCACCUUUUCUUUUUGUUUAUACCUAAUUGUUUGAAAAUAGUAAUUAUAGGUAUAAUUCUUUUUGUUAAAAUAAAUGAAAGAAUCAAUAAGAUAUAAAAGAAAUGCAAAAAAUAAAUAAAUAAAUAAAAAUCAAUAGUUACCAAGGACGACAGUUCUAUCGUUAAAAGAACUGUAUAUAUCUGCUAUAAUAAUUGCCUUAUUACACACACACGCAUAAUUUUUUACUUCAAACGUAAUACCAUAUUUUUAUACGUUGCGUCUUUUUAUAUAUACAUAUAUAUAUAUAUAUAUAAAUUUAAAAAAAAAUUACAAAAACACUACGCAACAAACAAUUUAUACCGUAAACAACAUAUUUAACUUAAUAUUUAUAAUUUAUAUAUAUAUAAAUAUAUAUUACCGUAUAAAUAAUUAAUAAUAAUGAUAAUGAAAAAAAAAUAAAAGAUAAAAAAAAAAGGACCAUAAAAAUAUGGCGUGAAAUUUACAAACAACGUGUAACACACUACCACCUGCCGGCUAAUUAAUUAUGGCCAUGACAUUAAAAAAAAAAAAAAAAAUCGUA